AAAAGGGAAAGAGAGACGGAAGAGCGCGAUGAGAGACGAGCUCAGUCAGUUGGCAGACGAGUCGCAAGCCGGAUCGUCCUUUUGCCUUAUGUGUUGUACAGGUGUUGAGAAAAAAGAAUAAAUUAAAAAAAAAAAAAAACCUUCCGUGUUGAACCCGGUGACAGUUACGCUGAAAACGUUGCACCAGUCUAGACUAAUUGUCGGGUGGAACCAAAAAAGGAAUAGGUUAGGUUCGAUUUUGUGUAGCAACCCUACCUUUUUUUCAAGUGGCUAAAACAGAGGACUCGGCGACCUUUUUCCUGGCAAUUUCUCAUUCAGUUUCAAGUGGGCGUAUCUGAUCUGAAAGGAAAAGAGAAUACCCAGGAUGUCACGUGUCACAGAUCACAGCUCAACGUGGGUCCAUUACACGGGCGAGCCGAUUGGCCCGGUCGGCGCCAACCGCAGCGACGGCCAUCGAGUCAAAUUGUUUGAAGAGUCGGUGACUUUCAUCGCCCAAUUACAUCCAGAGGAUCAAGACGGCAUGGUUCCGCCACUGGAUAGGACCUGGAUGAUUGGCAUUUGGCCCGUCGACGUCUACCAGAUUCCCAUCAUUAUUGGGAUCUCUUCAGGCGUACUUUUGUUAUUGCUCUUCAUUGCCGUGCUCGUCGCCUGGCGAUGCUGUCACUUCCAGCGACUCCGGGAAAAAGCGUUCGCGAUCAAUGCAGAGGGCCGGACGCCUGUCAUCCAUUCGCCAUCCACUGGCAGUUAUCCAUCAGUUCUGGCCAUGUCAAUGUCGCCUUCGAAACCAGCCAGUCCGUCGUUAACGGCCGCGCGCAACCAAUUGGCAUCGAAUUCCUGCGAGUUGGUCCGCCUCACGACCGAGACCCCAACGACAACCAUGAGUACAUUGACGACGGCCAACAACGCGGUCGAAGGGGAAGACUCGCAGCAUCAGACGACAAUUGAGCGCCACAGUUGCGAGGACAUGUCGCUGGUCGGCUGCGGCAACUACAUCGCCUUCGACAUCCCCAGCUUCUACGAAGAAUCCUUAAAUUCGUCUUCUUUAAGCACGUCAAGCAAUGCUGUUUUGGAUGGAUCUUGGUCUAAUUGUGAUGGAUCCCUCAACGAGCUCAAGACCCGUUCUUUGCCCUCCUGGGCCCGCAACAAGCCGCCCAUUCGUUCUGCUCAGCAGCACAACAGCCGCCAUGCCAAUGCCGACCAGAAGAAAGAUGGACGCUGCGCGGUGCCCAUAAUUGGAUCGAAACGCUCUCAUCACGGUCUACGUCACGACGCUGCCGCCAUAAUGGCCAUCAACAAAACGGCCAAGACAACGGCGGUGCGGGACAAUGGUGACAAUCUGUCCGGCAGGGUUUCCCUGGUCGGCCACAACGAUGCUGUGAUCGUCUUCAACGAGCGGACCGCUCUCUAACAGGACUGACUGACUUGACCGACAAAAAAAAGUGAAUAGUACAACACUCGUUGCCAAAAUAACGCGCAGGGCCAUUUGCAAGUUGGACCUGAUGACUCCACUUGACACAGCACAGGGUGGAACAUUGCACAACUACAACAACCAUACGACAUAACUAACUGAGAAAUCAAUUUUUUUUGUUUGUUUUUUAAAAAGAAACACGAACCGUUCGUCCCUUUCUUGGAAUUCCUAAUUAGGCUAUCGAUAUUAUAUUCUUCUUCUUCUUCAAAUCUACUGUUGAAUAUCAUCACCUUACGAAAGUUAGUUGCCAUUUUCCUAUCUCUCAUCUUUCACGAGCGUCAUUCACGCUCAGUGUGUCUCGUCUUGUUUUUCUCUUUCCCAGUUGUUUUUCUCUUCCUUUGUCUCUCUCAUUUCCGAUCAUGUUUUGUCACUGUUUUUACAUCGUUUUAUACAGAUAUGGAUACACUUAAUUGGAUGGAUAAUAAUAACGCGCUCGGCGCUG